GCCUUAGUUCCCAUGCCGACUUGAAGGUGACGCACGUGAGCAGCGGGGAAAGAUGAAAGCUUUGGUCACACAGGUUUAAUAGUAGCACUUUACGCGGAAGCACUUUUUUUUCAUACUAACCACGUUCAGAUAUUAUUAUUUUCUAGCUUUUGAUAGUCAUUGUUUUAAUUGUUAGCAUGUUACUGUCUUCUAGCAGGGUAAAACUUAACCGAGUCGCGCUUGUGCCGCGGGGGCGACUACUUCCGAAAUCGCUGAAUAAUGUUACAGCUGCCUCGAAGAAACUAGAGGAAAACAAACUAGUUUCUGGACUAGUGUCUGUGAAAGAUGUACCCGUCCAAACGUCUUUAACAGACCAAAUAGGCCCAGAAAAUGUGACCGAUACGACCGGUAACAUCGCCGAAGGAGAGCCGGACGACAGUCUCGGUAGAUACGCGGAAUGUAAUUAGGAAAAAUGAUUCUCAGACAUGCAAACGAGAUGAUGGUGUGGAGGUUAAAGAAGAGGGGUCGCACACUAGAGACGGUGCGGAGAUCACACGGACAGAAGUGCACCGUCGGGGGAGACCGAAGGGCACCAUGUCCAACAUCUCUUGUCAAAUGGAGUUAAGUAGCGAGGGACCCUCGGCUACAAAGAGCCAGACUGCAGAUGACCUAGAGUCAAAUGUUUGCCAAUUUGGUAAAUGUAAAUCCAGAGAAGGGAAUAAAACUCGCGGCAGGGACCGAGGCCGAGAGGGGAAAGUGAAGGCCAAGUCCGCCGGAUGUGAAGCCCUGACCGGACAAGUACACACGAGACAACGGUCGAUACCCACGGGACUAUCAAACAUUGAUAGAAAUACACACCCAUGCCCCAGUGGACUUGCUGGUUCAGAACAAAAAAGCAGUAGCUGUGGGCCAGAGCAGCCAACGGUUGAGGUUAAGAUCAAGAAAGAAAACGCAAUCACCUCUAAGAAGAUUAUUAUAUUGAUCGACCAGUACCCAAUGGUGACGCUUUGCAACAUCGCUCAAAGGUGUGAGGCUUUUAGUCCUGAUUGUGGCUAUGUGCUACCGAAUGUCCUCAAAACCAAGGUUGUACGUUGCUUCAAACAAGACAUGAGAGCUGAAUUUCCACUUGGCCCUGGUUGUUUAGAGCAUAACAAGCACGAACGCAAGAUAAGACAAAAAAAAGAGUUUUGUCCAAAAGUGAAAUCCAAGAAAAGCAUCCAUCGGGCUCAGAGUCUGACUGAACAACAAAGACGCCUGAACGAACGCACAGAUGCACAGACCAUAUCCAGUAGUGCCACAUGUAGUUUCCUUAAGAGUCGGACAAGUGAAGGCUCUGCUCCCUGUUCUGCUUCUUCCUCAUUAGAUGACUGUACAAGAAAGGGCGAGUGCAGGACUGUCAUAUGGGACAGAGAUGUUGAGGAUGAUCUUGGCCGAGGAACUUGCCUAAUAGGAGCUGAGAUCCACAGAGACAAAAGAAUAAAGCUUGGGGAUAGUGUUAAAGAUGGGAUGUUGCCAUCCGCUCCAGAUUUAGAAAGAAUCGGUGGCAAAGAACCAGCAAAAAUGGAAUCAAGAGACAAAGAGAUGUCUUGUGACAGUCAGCCAUGUUUAGAGCGUGCGGUUUCGGGCAGCAGCUCUUUUGGCGCAGCUGUGAAAGAAAACUGUGCCCACAAGAAACCUUGUGGUGAGAUAGACGAUCCCACCAAAACUGAUGCAACACAAAUGUCACCAGAACUGUUCUGUCAGACAAACAAUGUUGACACGGAUGAACUAGAUUCAUUCACCUGCCAGAGAGUGAGAGCCUAUUUCAGAAAAAUACAACUUUCUUGUGCACGCACGUACAUGUCCUGGCCCUUCUCUAACUCUGACCGGACCCCUACAGCACGUAACACAGGCAGUCCAGCAGAGCCUAUUGAUCCAUCAGCUCGAGAUAACAGCAACUCUCCAUUAGAUCAGAACCAACUCGUUUCAUCCAGCAACCAGACCAAUAACGUGGUCCCAGAUGCACCUAAAGAUGCCUCCUCAGGCUCAGCCCACCAGUUUCCUCAUCAAAAUGAUGAGAAUGGAGAAAUAAUUUUAGCAGAGAUAAAUGGAAAAAGACAUGGUACUAUGUCCUCAUACUCUAUUGAGUUUGCACCUCAAGAAGCCAGUUGCACUUCUGAUACGGAUACCCUUUCCAACCCGAGUCAGAGGGGAAGAGAGUCUGGCACUGAGGCAGUCUCAGACGCAUCUUCACCAGUUAAUAGACAUGAACCUGACAGCUCCCUAUCUCCCCCUUCCCCCUCAGCACAUGCCCUGACUGACUGUGAAACUGCCACUGCUUAUUCUUCCAUGUCAUCUCCAUUCAAACAUGGGGGUUCAAGCAGCCUCUCCGCCACACCAUCCUCUCUCCCACCUUCACCGUUCCUACUGAAGAAAGUCAAAGGUGUCAAGUCGGCUGAUACUCAUUCUGUAAGUGCGUCACUAACGUCCUCUUCAACCAAAUGUAUGGUCAAAGCUGUGGAAAAAGCAUUGUUCUCCAGCGAAGAAACCCAAAUUACUUCAUCCUCACCUUCGCACAACUCUGACUCCUUUGAUUCAUGUCAAUCCUCCCUCCUCCUCCCUCAAGACGACCAAGAGAGUGGAGAAGGACUUCUCGCUGGCAGUAGCCCACUAAAUCAUGAGCCGUAUUAUAAUACGCACCCCUUUAACCAUGUAGGUGUAAAAGAGGGAUUAUUGCACAACAUCCUCACAGAAACGUACUCGAAUGAGUUUAUGCUUUCACCAAUGCGCUCUCCUGUCACUUCACCACAUGGGCACUCGCGGACAAGCCUCCGGCCCCGAAGCCCAGCCUGUUCAGAUGAAGAGGAGGAGGAGGAGGACGAAAUAAGCGAAGACACCAGUUCACACAAAAUGUUACCUGGAUGUCGCAUGCCACAAAUUGUUGAUGGCAAUAAUAAAAACUCCAAGGGUUAUCUUGAACACGGUGGUGAAGAGUUGGAUGAAGUCUCUGAAACUUCUUCAAGCAAUGAUGAAGAUGUGGAUGAUGGUAAUGAAGAGGAAAGCCAGGAUGGAACUGAUUGUGAAGAUGAUGUGGAACAGGGUAGCAAUAAAUCUGAACUUCUGUCUGACCCUAAACUAAAGGCAACCCGUACCUCCGGUGCUCUGACAGAACCCUGCUCGUCUCCCAGCAGCGAUGAAGUUGACGGUGGAGAUUUCCGUGAUGGACAGCCAUGUUCUACUAGAGAAGAGGAAUCAAGUCUGUCUGGAAUAGUAGGCAGUGAUAAGGAGGCAGAGGAUACUCGGCACAGCAUUUUGGAUGAGUUCACAGCCUAUGAACAGGAUAUCCUGCUUGUUGAUUUGAUCCAGGAUGACUCGGAGCUGUUUGAAAACCUGCCCCAAGAGAGUUUGCUGAAACUGGGUCCAAACAGGGUUACCAAGGCCCCUAAAAGCAGACCUAUUGGAGUGGUGAAAAUGCUGUUGCCCAGGAUAGAUGCAGCAUCACUGGUGAUCAAACAAAGAUUGACCACAGUUGAUCAUUACUGCGACAGUCCUGAUAUCACAGAGGGGGACAGCAGGUCAUGGCGACCUCAGUGUAGCAGCAACCCUUCCACGACGCAUGGCAACACAUGGCGUGCUACAGAAAAGCAAAACAAAGACAUGAGUCGGCCUGAUGCUAACAACAAUCAUGUAAACAGAGUCCUGGAGAGGAGCCAGCCCAUCCAGACAGUAAACUCCCAUAAUAAACACAUCCCUCCACUUAUGACCGCAAGAAUUGGGCCAUUAAUGACAAAACCAGCUAACGUGACAGAGUCCAGGCGCCAGAAGUCUAAUGCUCCUCAGUACUGCAGGCAGUACUUCAGCGAGUCGCUGUCCUGCAACUUCAAGACGUGUCGCUUCCACCACGUGCCCGUGGAGGGAGACGAGAGGUUGUGCAUUGACACUGUGACACGAUUCAGCACAAAUCCAAUGUGUCUUCAAAAAGCAGGAGCUGUGUUUACAGGCUACUACCAGAACAACUCACCGGGAGUGUAUUUCUCCAUGAUGGUGCUUCUGUCACUCCUCUGGACUCUGCUCAAAGCCGGCAUGUUGUCUGAGGUCUUCUCAGUCCUCAAUGUCUGCUUGGCCCACAAGAUCGAGCCUGGCCCUGAGUUCCUGUUGGCCCUCUUUAACAUUGUGAGAGAAAAGGGUCUCAUGAGUGUUGUACCUCAACUCAUGCAGCUCACAUUCAAGAUGGCCAGUGCAGGCCUAGUGCUGAGUGUGGACUGCUUCGACUGUGUGAAAAACACUCCUGAGUUCCAGCAGACAGUCAAUCCAAACGCACUUGUUUCAGUGUCUGGUAACGACAAUUUAUCCACCAGCGCACCCUUUCCAGAGUACCUGCAUUUGGCCCAUUCCAUCGUGGAAAUAGAGCUUUGUACCAAGCAAGAAGACUGGAGGCGGAUGGGGGAUGUUUUCCGGUCCAUCUGCCAAUCCUUCAAACAUCCCAACCAAGUGGAGCGAAUCUGCGGUCGCAUUGCCGUAGUGCUCCUGUCUGAGAGCAAAGACAAGCUGUCUCUGCCCUUUGCUGCCUUCGCAGAGACGGUGUGUCAGGGUGAAGAUGAGCAGAGCCUGAUCAGGAGUUUCUUAGGCAGAAUUGGGGUCUCUCUCAUGUUAAGAUAUCACAAAACGCAUCAAUGGGCCAAGGGCCGGAGGGUGGUGGAGGUGCUGUCCAUUUUAAAAGUCAACUACUCAAAACUGAAGGGUUUGUUUGGGAACGAGGAUGGAGCAUCACGCUGCCACCUGGUCACCAUGGCUACUGAGCUGCUCCUCCUGAGUGGUAGCUUGGAGGGAGCGCUCAACACACUCCGAGAAAACGAAUGGUUCCUGAGUUCGUUGCCGUGGCCGUGUGAGCCUGCCGAUCUGGAGAGUAGGACCCGUGUGUUGAUGCGUCUGGCUGAGAGAACCUCUCACAGAGACACGCUGGAGGUCCUCUGUAAUCUCCCUGGACUCAAAGAGCCAAACGACUUUGUCGAUAUCUCCAAAUAUGGUCCUCCGUUUAACUCUUACCUGCAAGUGUGCGUGGACAGACAGAUACUUCCUCUCGCUGCAGACACAGUGGACUUCAUGCUCUGUAAAAAACUACCAGUUGACCACGCGCUGCUGCAGAUGCUUCUGUACAAACUGGGCAAGCAAAGCCUCUGGCUCCGAGCACGAGAAAUCUUCAGACACUCUCUGGUCAUGGGGUACUACCCAGGUGUGUCUGCGCCUCCUGGUUUCAUGGCACUGAUCGUCCCCUGCCGACUGGGGGAGGUGGAGCUGGCUCUCACCUUGGAGAUGUUAAUCACCGUCAACGCAACGGUCAUUUUCCACCUUUCAGAGGCCACCACCUCCUGUCUCAGCAUCACUCUCAAAAGGACUCGAAGCUGUGAGAGCGAGUACCUCGCCGCCGGUAGCCGCAUCCUCUCUGCAGCGUGUAUCGCCCAACCCAAACUUAUUGUUCACUACACGGCAGUUAACUCGUCACAGGAACAAGUUUUCACACUUGACGUUUCCUCUGCUCGAUGCUGGCUCCGCCACAAUCAUUUGUGGGCCAACGAGGUGUGGACGCACUGAUCCAAAAGGGUCAUUCCUCCGUAGUCUGCCGAAGUAAUCAACUUUCCUUUCCCUGGAAACGGCUCAUGUUCGAGAGACCUUCGUUGACUCUGGGAAAACAACCGAUGAAAUCAGGAAAACAAACACGUUUCUGUUGGCGGUCAUAUUUCAAUUUAGCCUUUUUUUACUAAGAAGCAGAAAAUCACAACCAAAGACUGACGCCAAAACGGUACGUUGUUGUACAAAGAUAAUAACUUUUACUUUUGUUCAAAUUUCUUUUAAAAUGUCAGGAUUCUUUUUGUUAAAGUUUCCUGAGGAAUUCUUUCAACUCAUUUGUCUUUUGAUUUAUGUUUGUGUGAUUUACUAUUUGGAAAAACUAAGUCUGUUGGGGAACAUAGUCCAGCAUCAUUUAGUAGGGUUGUUAUUAUAAGUAAUAGAUUUAGUUUAUAAUGUACAUCUGAGUGUAUAUAUAGGUGUGUAUAUAUAAUGGUGUUAAGUCUUUGACAGUAUUGUGUUGCUGAAUUAUCUUACGGAUUGUCAAAUCCUCAAUUGUUGCUUGUUCAAGAGCUGUGAUUUGUAUUUUCUUUGUAUAACAUUUUUAUAAAAAAAAAACAUUGUUCUGCU